GGCUAGGGUUGAUUGGUUGGUCGCAGGAACAACCGCCAAGGUUCUCCUCUAUACCGCCGAAAAGGACGUGCCCAUAGUUGUCAAUACACGUGGCACUCAUUACAUAAGCGCUUACAUCAAUAACCAAUUGAGUCGUCCUUGGUCGUCGUUUACAUCUAAACAGAAUGGUGGAUUCAGAGCGAAUCCAAAAUCCAUGGAUGGCUUCGGAGCAAACUGCAGUACAAAUGAAUGCCCAGCCUUCAGAUUCCACGAAAUGCUUUUCUCCUCCGCCGCCGCUGCAAUCAUCCGAUAGUUAUAAAUUGGGAAUUGGAGAACGAGCUUUCUCUGCUGCCGGCGCCGCCGUCCUCUCCGCCAUCAUUGUCAAUCCCCUCGAUGUUGCCAAGACAAGGUUGCAAGCACAAGCUGCAGGGGUCGCUUAUUCUCAUCCACUCAGUAAUAUGACCGGUCGUAUGGCAUGUUUUGGGCCAAAUAUGAUGUUUGCUGAUUUAAGAUGUUCUCCGUCAUGUACUCGGGCUGGAAUCCAUGGCACAGUAUCACUUUGUCCUCCGGAGUGUUUUCGGUACAAAGGAACACUGGAUGUCCUCUACAAAAUUAUUCAACAGGAAGGGUUUUCCAUGCUAUGGAGAGGCACAAAUGCAGGCCUGGCACUUGCAGUACCAACUGUAGGAAUUUACCUUCCGUGCUAUGACAUAUUCCGCAACUGGUUGGAAGAAUUCACGACCAAAAGUGCUCCAACCACAACUCCAUAUGUACCUUUAGUGGCUGGUUCAUUGGCACGCUCACUAGCUUGUGCAACUUGUUAUCCUAUUGAACUUGCCAAAACUCGCAUGCAGGCAUUUCAAGAGACUCAAAUUGGUAAAAAGCCUCCUGGAGUGUUCCAGACUUUGCUAGAUGUUGUCUCGCAUUUCAAGAGCACAAAUAGCCCACAGAGCAGCUUGCAAGGCUAUCGUGUCCUUUGGACUGGCAUGGGAGCUCAACUUGCUCGUGAUGUACCCUUCUCUGCUAUAUGUUGGUCGACACUUGAACCAACUAGAAGAAAACUUCUUAAUUUGGUUGGAGGCGAUGAUGCCACUGCAUUAAGUGUUCUCGGGGCAAAUUUUUCAGCUGGUUUUGUUGCUGGAACUAUAGCAGCCGGAGCUACAUGCCCGCUAGAUGUUGCAAAAACUCGAAGGCAGAUAGAGAGGGAUCCUGUUAGGGCAUUGAAGAUGUCAACGAGACAGACAUUGAUGGAGGUUUGGAGAGAUGGUGGCUUGAAGGGACUCUUUACAGGUCUUGGUCCGCGAGUUGGUCGAGCAGGUCCCUCCGUUGGAAUUGUGGUUUCAUUUUAUGAAGUUGUAAAGUUUGUUCUACAUAACCAGUACAAUACAUCGUGAUGAGGUCCUUCUUAUUCUGCUUGCUUAUUUUUAUUGCUGAAGCGACUUUUGUUUUGAAUCUCUGGGAAUUGCACAGCGAGGUUUUUGCUGAAGGGAAGUCAUUUCAAUCCGUUUCUGAUCAUGAACUAACAUUCGUGAAUAGGAAAAUGACCAAGUAUAGGAUAUGCUCUAGUUUAGGUUUUUGAGCUUUUUAUUGUAAUUUUGCUGCUUUUGCCCAGCAGAAAUUUUGUUACACAUGGGGUUCUCCCCUGAAAGUAAA